AUGAAGAAAGUUCUUGAGAAGACUAACCAACUUCUAUAACGAACGAUGGCUGCUUUCCUUCUACUUCUCUUCCUAAUUGCUUGCAAGACCAUGGCUUUAGAGGUGGUCCCCUACACUCCACGAGUCUCAGACAUGAACAUGGCCGGAAAAAUCACCGUUAGUACUUUUUCUUUAGAAUCGCCAAAGUGUGUCUUUGACUCAUUUGUCAAUGCCUCCGACGACAUCUGGUUGGUAAUCACCUUCGCUAAUGCCACAACUCACUUCAAGAACCCCACAUCGGCACAGCAAAUUCCACCGUAUGAAGAUUUAUAUACCGCUUAUGCCUUCAUGACAAUGAAGUCCACCCUCUCCCAAUACCCAUGUACUAAAGGCAAAACAACGAAUGUGCUCCGGGUCGGCAACGAAUCAUCCUGCAAAAAUGAUGACACCAGGACCCACUGCAAUGGCCCUCUGCCUUCUACUGGACCUUACAGAGUAAAAUUCCUCGCCAUGAACUCCUCGGGCUCGAAAGCAGAAACAAGAUGGUCUUCUCCAAUUUGGCUGAAUAAAGCUGAAAUCUGGAAAACAAUAGACACUUGGCCCGGACGACGUAGUGGAGACAUGAUUGUCAUCACUGUCAUUCUCUCCGCUCUCUGUGGAGUCAUCACCAUUGGCUUCCUGAGCACCGUCUGCUACGAAUGCUUCAAGCGUUGGCGCCAUGAUCCAUCUGAGAAUCAAGAGGAGCAGCGCCAGGAGCCUUUCCAAGGCAGCCGCUAUGACACCCACCACAUUCCCCCUGCCCCACCUGGGCCCCCUCCUCCACCACCUCCUGCAGAUAUGCCUGGCUCUCAUCUCACCCCUUCCUCUUCAUAAGGCCCACAACUGCGCCAACAACCCCCUAACUGGAUCGCUAUGUCUUUCCAUGGCUGUCAGACCCUACUCACACCCACAACUGUGCUGCUACAUGCAAUAAAUGCUCUCUGCAUUGUCAUCUCCUUGGCUUUUCGUAGGAGAAUUCUGGCCAAGAGGAUGCAAUACAAUCAAAGCAGGCAAUGCAUUUACAGGUAGUCCUCGAUUUACAACCAUUUGUGUAGCAAUCAUUUAGAGGAGGGGUGGUAUUCACUUACCUUCGCUACCGGUUCGCAAAUGUGAGCGCGUGCACAGGGCCUUCCGCGCAUAUGCAGAUCAUCCAAAAUGGGAUGUGAUUAUGUCCGGGUGGGUGGAGCCUCCUACCGCCACCGCUACCGGUUUGCCCGAACUGGAUAGAACCAGCUGAAUACUACCACUGAUUUAGAGUUACAAUGGCCCUGGAAAAAGGGACUUACAUCUGGUCCUCAGACUUAUGACUGUUGCCGCAUCCCUGUGGUUGUGUGAUCAAAAUUCAGGCACCUAGCACCUGGUGUGCAUUUAUGAUGGUUGCAUAGAUAUCCUGGGAUUCUAUGAUCCCCGUUUGCAGCCUUCCCGGACAGCUUCUGACAAGCAAAGUCAAUGAGGGAAGGCAGAUUUGUUUAACGACUGUGUGAUUUGCCAAACAACUGUGAUGAUUCGCUUAACAACUGUGUCAAAAAAGGUCAUGAAAUUGGGCAUGGCUUAUUUAAUAAUCGUCUUGUUUAGCAAUGGAAAGUCUGGUCCCCGUUGUGUUCAUAAGGAUUGCCUGUAUGUACCUUAAUAUGAGGUUGGCUCUAAGAGCAGCUGGGUUGGAGCCAAACGUUCGGUUGGGCAACCACGAAAUUCUGGCUUUGCAUGGUUGGCUCAUACAUAUUUUCCCCCCAUUACCUGCCCUCCUCCUCCAGUUUCCCAGAGUGCCUGCUUGGGUCUGCCAACUGACUUUCACAGGCCUUCUGCAAAUGCUGGCAAUAGGACUGCUUCCGAACUCCCAUCUUUUGCUGAGAUUACUGUUUCUCAACCUUGACAGCUUUAACUUGUGUGAACCUUAAUUCCCAGACAAGAACAGAAAAGUCUUCAAGGGCAGUGUUUCUCUCAGCAACUUUACAUUGCGUGGACUUCAACUCCCAGAAUUCCCUACCUGGCAUGCUACCUGAGGAAUUCUGGGAGUUGGCCCAUAUAUCUUCAAGCUGUCAAGAUUCAGAAAUGCUAGUCUAGUUUAAUGACUUCUAGGUCUUUGUUAAGCCUGAAAGUCAGCUGGGUGACUUUGGGAUGAUAGAGAAAAUAGGAGGUGGGAACAGUAUGUGUGCCUCCUAUACAGAAAUAAAGCAAGAGAUAAACAAAAUAAAUCAGAUGCUUAUUCUCCUAACAUAAUAUGUUACGUUUCGUUGAUGUUUCUAUAUAUAUGAAUCAUGAGGGCAAUGGAUUCUGUACAUAUUUCCAUUGUGACGGUGUAUAGCUGUAUAUCUCUUGUUCAACAUGUUUUCAAAUCAAUGAGUUAUCUUGUUUUAAUGGCACACCUUUACAAGCCAAAGCAAAGCAUAAAAUAAAAUAGAAUCUU